AUGCUGACAUGCCUAUCACCAUAUCUAUCUAUCUAUCUAUCUAUCUAUCUGUGCAAUCCAGCAUCGAUAUAUAUUAGUAUUACUCUGAAGGCUUGGUUUGAUUUCAACUUCUUCUAUGCGCAACUGCUUCUUCUUCUUCGUCCGCCCUGCAACUCUUCUCGCCAAGGUCCGAACUCUUCUCUCUGCCGUCUGAGACUGAACUCUUCUCGCUGCCGUCCUGGGAACUCUAACUUCUCUCUGUCUGGCCUGCAAUUCUUCUGCCUGUCUGGCGUCUUCUGCCUGUCUGGCCUGCCAUUCUUCUGCCUGUCUGGCCUGCAAUUCUUCUGCCUGUCUGGCCUGCAACUCUUCUGCCUGUCUGGCCUGCAAUUCUUCUGCCUAUCUGGCCUGCAAUUCUUCUGCCUGUCUUGCCUGCAAUUCUUUUUGCCUGUCUGGCCUGCAGCUCUUCUGUCUAUCUGGCCUGCAAUUCUUCUGCCUUUCUUCACUCCCUUUUCUGUAUCUUCCUGUCUCAAUGUCGCGGGUCCAAAGUGGGAUCCUGAACUGGCAAAAUAUAUCUUACAUCUUACUCUCUUUCACUUUUCUAUCACACGCCGAAAACGGAAAUUUAUGACUCAACCUAAAAGAAUUGGUUAG